AUGCCUCCUGUCGCCGCGGUCCCCGGCGGUGGCCAGCAUGGCCCCUCCAACUUUGACAAGUUCAAGAUGGGUGCCAUGAUGGGCGGAACCGUCGGCGUCAUUAUCGGUUUCAUCUUUGGAACCGUCAACAUCUUCCGAUACGGUGCCGGCUCUCAGGGCAUUAUGAGAACCCUAGGACAAUACAUGGGCGCUUCGGGAGCCACAUUCGGCUUCUUCAUGUCCAUCGGUAGCGUCAUUCGCUCCGACGCCGACCCCAAGUUCCACGAAAUGUACAUGCGGGCGCAGCGCCGCCCGAUUGUGUUGAUGGCGCACCCGGCAUGGCGGAGGUCGACGUGA